CUCCACAGCGGCCGUUAUCAAACAUCCAAACGCCUCUCCCUAGCCUCGGCCUCACCAACCCUCGUUCACUCGCGCGCGCCAUCGUCUUCCUCCGACCUUCCCCGGCAAGGACGGCUUCCUUAUCCAAAUGGCCAAACUCCUGCUUCCUCCCCAUUCUUUCGUAUCCACCACCUCCUCCGCUGAUUCGAACUCUAACCCCCAUCUCUUCUCCUCAAGAAUCCCGCUCGUGCCUCGCGCUCCUCACCUCCCCCACCCGAUCUUGUGCUCCAAUUCCAAUCCCACCGGAGCCGGCGACGGCGAGAGAGACGGAUCCCCCUCCCUUGCUCGCUUCCUCCGGUCGGUCCCCGACUGGGCCGACGCUGUCAAGGAGCUCGGCGUGCGCAAGCGCCGCCCCCUCUACACGCCCGACGACUGGCGGGAGCACCGCAGCUCCCUCCGCCACCUCCGCCAUCUCCUCUCCAGUCUCUCAUCCCGCGUCAUCCUCUCCCUCAUCCCCCCCGUCUCCGCCCUCACCGCCGUCGCCGCCGCCCUCGCCCUCUAUAACUCCGCCGUCGCUUUCGCUUGGCUGCCGCCGGGUCUCUUCCCACUUCUCCACGCGUCCUCGCUGCCGUACCAGCUCACCGCGCCCGCCCUGGCGCUGCUGCUCGUCUUCAGGACCGAGGCCUCCUACUCGAGGUUCGAGGAGGGGAGGAAGGCCUGGAUGAGGGUCAUGGCGGGCGCCAGCGAGCUAGCCGGAAUAGUGAUGUCGGCCAAAGGGAGGGAGGAUGACGCCGGGGUCAAGCGGUCCCUGUUAAAUUACAUCAUAUCAUUUCCCAUGGCUCUCAAGUGUCAUGUUAUUAGCGGCUCAGAUAUCAAAGCAGAUCUGCAAAAUUUGCUUGACGUUGAAGAUCUAACAGUACUCAUGAAAUCAAAACAUCGUCCACGCUGUGUCAUUGAGUUCAUUUCACAGAGCAUUCAAAUCUUACACAUUGAAGAGCCAAAGCGUAACCUCUUGGAGUCAAAACUCUGCUGUUUCCAUGAAGGUAUUGGUGUUUGUGAACAACUCAUGGGCAUCCCUAUUCCUUUAUCCUAUACCCGUUUAACCUCAAGAUUUCUAGUCCUGUGGCAUCUUACACUCCCUGUGAUACUUUGGGAUGAUUGCAAAUGGAUUGUUGUUCCUGCCACCUUCAUAAGUGCAGCCUCUUUGUUCUGCAUUGAAGAAGUUGGUGUGCUUAUCGAAGAACCAUUUCCAAUGCUUGCACUUGAUGAGUUAUGCAAACAGCUUCAUAACAGCAUCAAAGAUGCAAUAGCAAUAGAAAAUUCGGUUCAUGAAAGACUUCUUGCUAAGUUGAAUAUCCAUCCCGAUGAGCACUCGAUCAAUGGGUGGCCUAAUUCCAAGAAGGAACAGGGCUGAGAGUAGGAACUAUGCCGGACCGUCUGAAAUUAUUUAGUCCAAUCACGGCAUCAUGUGUAAGUGCACAUAUCGAUGACACCGUAAAGCUAUUUCUGGGCUCACAUUGCAACAAUGAAUCAUUGGUAGUUUCUUGAGUUGGUGCUCGGGCAUCUACAGAUGAAAAUACUGGCCUCAGAGCCAGGCAUAUUAUAAAGCUUUUCCAGUGGAGCCCUAGGAGUGAGAGAAUAUCUCAACCACAGGAAAGGUCUUCUGAAUGGAUCAGCAGUGCCAUGUUACUGGGCUCCCAUCUCAUAGAAGCAUUUUGAAUAAUUUAUAUACAAAAUGCAAACUGGCACUUCCAGAUUGGGUUCUGUCAUGUGUACAAUAUAUGCCUUCCUAAGCUGCCAGAUAUUGAUAUCAUUGUCAAAAUAUUGGCUAUGAAUGUUAGGCAUGCAAUAGGAAUACUUGACAUGUAAAGCCUUUUACCCCUGAGUCUGAAACACAACUUCUGUAAACAUUGUUAUACCAUCAAUGACAGCUUCAUAAAGAUAGCCCUGUGUGGAUUGGCAAACAAAGGAAAUAAGAAUCAGCUUGUAUA